CACCACCCGGCUCAGUGAAUUACCCACCCGAUUGGGUGAACCGGCUAAACCCAACAAACAAAGCUCAAUUGAGAAUUUUUCAAAAAAUGUUGUAGAUUAUAUGUCAUAAAUUAUACAAUUAAACGAUCAACUUCGGUUCUUUUUGUGUCUGUAACAAUGGGUUUCAAUUGAUUUCUUGAAAGAGUUUAGAAAACGAAAAUGUCAAAGCUAUUUGCAAGAAUUUCUGGGUUCUUUAGUAGCCGAACUUUUGUGGGCAACGACAAGGCAGGUAACCGGUACUUCACGAGAACUGAAGAGAUUGAUGGUAUCAUGAAAGAGAAAAGAUGGGUAGUAUUCAGAGGAGAGGAUGAUCCGACCUCCAUUCCAGUUGAAUGGAUUUGCUGGUUGAACGGGCAGCGCAAAAAGGCUCCUACACCUGAGGAAAUGAUUGAACUCGAAGCAAGGCGUGAGCUUGUGAGGAAAAAUGUAGCUCUUCUCAAAAAAGAAGAAGAGGAAAGGAGAGCUAAAGAAGGCAGUUCUCGCAAAGUCGUUAGUACUGGUAAGGUUGGAGGUCCGGACUUGAAAAGUUUCAUUCAGCAAAUUCCCACUUCUUCAAAAGGUAUCAAGCUUGAGGAAGAAUCAUAUGCAACGAAUAGAGCGAGAGAAACAGAAGACGAGCCUGAGAAUGCAGAAAAAGAACCAUGGGCAACGUCUUCGGAACCAACAGGAUCAGGUGCAGCCUUCAGGCCAGGGACAUGGCAACCACCAACAUAAUAUACUCUCUCGCACUAUUGACCACCCAUACAACAGUCAUAGUAAUUGCCAUGAAGAUCCUGGUUCCAGUUUUCUGCUAGAUUUAACAAACUUCACCAAAAUACUUUUCGAAAUAUGUGAUGGAAAAUUAGGCAUUGUUUAUCCUUUUUAUGUUUAGCUAUAUUGGGAAUUCUAGGAAAAGGCCCUUACGAAAUGCAGACAGUACGUCAAUAGUUCAGAAUUAUGAGAAUAAACUUCCAAGCUUUCUUCACAUCAUAUUGUACAAAUUCUAACAGCAGAGCAAAUGACACAAUUUUUGGGAAUGUGACUCACGUCUUUACCUA